GCUGGGCUGGGCCUGGUAACUCAUAUUCAAGUCCUGACUGAGUUAGGGUUUGUAGGUUCCCAAUUCGAUCGAGGAGCAAAUUCACGUCCUGCAAUGGCUUCCAGAUUGAGAUGGUAGCAUUGCGACGAGUUUCAAGCGAAAAAGAUUCACACAAGGUUCUGCAAUUUUCGUUCCCCAAUCGCACCCAUGUCCCGAGCUCGCAAUCUAGCUGUUGCUGGUGGCCUCGUUGCUUUCGUUUCAGUAGGCUUGGCGUUUCCCUUCUACAUGGCAUCUUCAAAGAAGCCUGUUAUUGACCCAACAAAGCCACUUCCACCACAAGCUACUUUUCGAGGGCCUUACAUAAACACGGGCUCACGUGAUGUUGGUCCUGAUCAUCAGAGUUACCCUAAGAAAUGAAGCAACUUGAGAAUGCCCUGAUUUGUGUUGAGUUGGAUGACCAAGCUCUUGUGUGUGUUACUAUUGCUUAUUGCUUGUUUGUCAUCUUCAAUGGUCAUUGUAUAAUGACUUUGAUAAGUGGAAGUCAUUUUGGAAUCUUGCUACCCACUGGGGGUGUGGGAGUUCCUUUCUGUGAAAGGUUGAUCAAUCUGUAUGGUUUAUGUUAUUCUUUGUGAUUCUAAUAAAAAGAUGAAUUAUGGUGGUA